AUGCCGACUGCUAUGGUUUACCACGCCAAGGCGCAAUCCACCUUCAAGCCUCCUCUUAUUGCGAACGAGAAUGCUUUCCUGGGAGAUGUCGAUUCGAGCGACUCAUAUAAUCCCGAGAAGCCCAUCUCGGCUGGCUUCUACCGCCUGGAGAAGGGCACUCCUCUCGUUUACGAGUACACAUACGACGAGAUGAAGAUCAUUGUCGAGGGCGAGUUCGAAAUCUCAGACGAGACAGGCCAGAAGGUCACCGCACUGCCCGGAGAUGUGUUCCACUUUCCCAAGGGUUCCAAGAUCACCUUCACGACGCCGUCGUACGGGUUAGCGUUCUACACUGGACAGCGGGCGAGAGGAGCCGCUUGA